GAGUUGCACCGCCUCCGGCGCUUAAGGUUCGCGGCAGGAGCGGCGCUGCCCGCGGCGGGGCUGGACUGGACAUGGAGGCAGCAGGAGGCUACGUGGGGUCGCUGGUGCGAUCUUUGGUAUCCAUGGGAGCAUCUGUGGGAGCAGUAACAAAACAGACCCUGUUCCCCCCUCUCAUGCCUGCAGGGCGACCUUUCCGUGUAUCAAAUGCCUCCCGAAGCAACCGAAAAGGAAUUGUUGCAAGCAGUUUGCAAGAGCUCAUCAGCAAGACUUUAGAUGCCUUCCUUAUAUCUGCUGGAAUAGUUACUCUUGUUUUGGAAGAAGAUGGCACGAUCGUGGACACAGAAGAAUUCUUCAGAUCACUGGAUGACAAUACGCACUUCAUGGUUCUGGAAAGAGGUCAGAAAUGGACGCAGACAAAAAAUGGUGUUGCUGUGAGACAAAAGAAGAAAAUGGGAGUAGCUAACGUCACAUUUGAUCUGUACAAGCUGAACCCUAAGGAUUUUAUUGGCUGCUUAAACAUCAAGGCAACAUUCUAUGAGAUGUACUCUAUCUCGUAUGACAUCAAAUGUAUGGGAGCAAAAAGUGUAUUGCGGAAGGUGCUUCAGCUAAUGUCCCAUGCAGCACAGAUAGCUGGACAGUUUCUUCUCUAUACUGGAACAUAUAUGUUGCAGCUGAUGGGUGAAUACGACGAAGACGGCACGUGCACGAGAUCAAGGCGGGAGUAGUGAGCACAGCUGCACUUCAGAUGUCGGAUCCUUUUGCUUAAAGACAUUCUCUUGCCCAGUUUUGAUUGUAAUUACAGCAGGGGGGGAUGUCUACUGAUGGGAACUAACUUUUUUUUCCUAUUUGGGAAUGCUUGCAGGCCUUAGUAAUAAAAUAAGUGUGUGGUGUUCACAGGCUCUUAUCACAGAGAAAAAAUGGGUGCCUAAUGUCUGUGAAUUCAGCAAAAGGAGGGAGAGCAAUUUUUUUGCCCCAGUAACUCAAAAUGGAGAAUAAGUUUACCUGGAAACUUGCAUGCUUUGUAACCAGUGGAAUUUCUUGCACUGAUCAAAACAUAGUUUGGUUGGUUUUUCAUGGCUAUCUGAUUGGCCUUCAGAAGAGACUGAGGUGGGGGACGUGGACACUGUGGGUUUUUCUUGUUUUUAAUCCUUAACAGUGCUGAUAUUAGUGCCCGACUCACAUAGAGAUACAAAAGGGUGAAGUGUACUGCUUUACUCCUGCUAACAAUGGAACUACACAAUACAACUGAGUCCUGGUUCGGUGACUGCCUGCUCUCAUGAAGUCUAAUUGGAGAAAGUGCAGCUACUAAGCAGAAGCUUAAAAUUUAGCCUUACUUUCCUUAAAACAAUGAAAAAUGUUUCCUUUUAACUACUUAUAUUUUCCUUCAAAUCUACAGAAAGUUCAGAUUUGUUUAGCUCAUACCAAUUGAAGAAUCGGAUUUAUUUCUUUAAUGGGUCUGGUAUUCAGUUCUGCCUGAAGUAAUGAAUUAUUUGCUACGGUUUCCUGAGUCUGGCUUACAGGCAACCUGCUGAAGCUUCCUUCAAGAUUUGAACCUUCACUUCUGUAGUGUUUACUGUUCAGUUACAAGAUUAUGCUACAUACCAAGAUGUACUUGAGGUGCAUGUAAGAUGCUGGAUUUUGAUGUUCCUGUGAUCAGGGAGAGCAGCAGGACACUAUCUAGUCUUGUGUAACGUAUAUAUAUGCUUUAAACUGGUUAUUCAUGAUUUUUAGUCUCCCAAGUCAAGCUGUAUUAAAGGGCAAAGUUUUUAAUCCUUAGGUAGAAUUCUCUGUAGUAUUCUGUUCAGUUUAGAGAACUGUUAGUAGGACCAACUUCCAGGAAGGUUUUCCUAAACAGCAUAGGAGACUGGAAAACAAACCAUGUUAGGUAUCUUGUGUCAAAAUUCAAACUCCCGUUGCUGAAGGAAAAAAGCCCAACUUUGGUUGUUCAUAGGUGUUGCUCUUGAGGUUUUCAUUUGCUUGCUUGUGAAAAAUUUUAGCAAGUUGUUAUAUUCUCGCUUAAGACUGAAAGCUGUUAAGGAAACAACAAAUACAGGUAAAUGUGUCUGACCUGACAGUAGGUGCCACCUAGGAAGAGAAGUUCUGAUGACAAAACCCAAACAAGCAGGACGGGAAAAAAAAGCAGUGGGAGCAAGAGGAAAAAGACCAGUGUAGGCCCCACAGUGCUUGGAUACCUAUCUCAGCAGACUUGCCAUUAACUGUGUGCAUCAGCUGCACUAAUCAGUUGUAGGAAAACCUGAUCUGCUAAAAGAGCAUCAGUUGGACUGAAAAGACCAAGCAUCAUGGUUGAUGAGAUCUAUUCUAAUCUGUCAACUGGGUCUGUUCACUUAAAUGUCACUAAUGUAGGAAUAUUGAUCUCACUUUUGUCUGCAAAUUUCACCUUUAUAUGCUUAUUUUUUACCUUCACUUUAUGGAAGUGACUUAGCCAUCUUUGAGCUGCAUCUUUCAAAUCAUUGUUAUGAUAAAAAGCAGCCUAAAUCCAAAUGUUAAAGGAACUGAUGGAUGUAAGUUCAGCAGGGCUCUGCACAUGUUUCUUCAGUAAUGGUAUUCUAAAUAAGUUGACCACUAAGAAAAAGCGUGGAUUUUCCUGGUUUCUAUUGUUUCCCAUCUACUUCUGAGUAUUUGCUGGAGGAGCGGGGUGGGCAUACUGCUCCAGACAAGAGGAGGACUUGUUCUUUCUUAAUUUCUCAUGGGGAAGAAAGCCUAUAGCUUGCAGAACUGUCAGUUUCCCUUCAGAAGAAAGUAUUAAACUGUUCUGUGAGUAAUAAGAGAGGUUAUAUUAAAAUGGAAGCUUUAUAUUUAAUCUGUGUUGGUUUUGACACACACCCACUCCCAAAUGAUUGUUGCCAUAAUGGUUGGCCAAAGUCUUUCUGCCCCUUUCAAGGAAUUGUGUUUAACUGAUAGAGUGCAAGGACAUGUCAAGAAUUCUUUUAGUUUUUAAGCACAACUUUUUCUGUCAAAACAAGCACAUCUCUUGAAAGCAAACUAUGUAAUGCUCCUAAGAAUAUUUUUGUUGCUAAUGAUGGGAGAACCAACAGUAAACCCAGCUAACUUGCACAGUUCAGUAUUGUGUUGUGUUAGUUGCCUCUUCAACAUCUGUAAUACAAAAACUUUUGCAGGUCUGAAUUGUGUAGGUCUCAAAACUACAUUCUGUAGUUUUCAGUGGCUCUGUCUAAAACUUUAACUUGGUAACAGUUAAACAGUUAAAAUGUUAACAGCUGCUGCUUUGACAGCUUAAGGCUUACAACUUCAGCUGCUGCAGGUCAUGUGAGCUGUGAAGUCUCCAUCUCAGAGCAUCUCCCUCUAAUUCAAAAUCCAAACAACUGAACAAAGUAACUCAACUCUGAUGUUUUCAUUAUGGGAGACACAACAUGGAAGUUGUGUCUGAAAUUGUUCCAUUGCUUCCAGAUCUGUGUUUUGCCACAGGCCUAGGGAAUGAGAUUUGCUGCUGUAGCAGCUUCUUUACAGAGAUACAAGUUUUGGCUUUGGGUCAAACUGAAGUAGUUUGUCAUUUUCUGAGUUGGAAGUGGUUUGAUUUUUGCUUUUUUUACAGACUGCUUAGGAGACAUAGCUUUUACUUCACCUGUGUGUGAUACACAGCAAAGAAUAACUUCAGCAUUAUCUGCCUUUCAGAAAAUUAUAUACAUUUCCUGUACAAUAUCUAGCAACAGACAAAAAAAAAAGCACAGGCUCUUAACUGCAGGUAUGUAGUUAAGAAGCUUGCUAUUCUGCUUGGCAUUUUUAGCGUUAAUUUUUCUCUCCAUAAACUCAGUUAAUCUGCACUUGUUACUGUUGCAGUCAAGGCUGGCAGCAGUGGCAUGUUGAAGGUGUGAAACAUAUUUAGCCCUUUUGCUUGCACUGGCCCCUUUGCCUGUUGUUUUGCGUGACUUAGUAACAACGCUCCAAGGCAUACUCUAGUUACCAAAAAAGGAAUUUUCACUGAAGUACUUGAUCUUGUUGACUCAGGCAUUGUUCAUGUUCUGCAGGCAAAAAAAAAGUUGCUCUCUUCGUGACUAGAAUGAAGAAUCCAGUAGCUUUUUUGUGUAUGUAAUUUAUCAUUACUUCAUUUCCUUCCUUUCAUAAGGAAGUUGUUGCUUUAUUGCACCUCCCUAUUCUUUCAGGAGAAAAAUAAUUACAAGCUCUUCUGUUCACGAAGAGGGAGAAAGGCAAGGUCUAAAUUCCUUAAACCAUUUGGAAUAUGGUCUAGGAAACAUCCUAAAUUGCCUUCCUACAGAAAAGUAGGUCAGAAAAGUAAAAGAAAGAAAAAUAGGAUUUUGAGCUGUAAGGGUUUUUCCUGAGAGGUAGGUGUACACAACUUGGGAAAUGUUGGUAAUUCUGAAUAUGAACUGUGAAGAUAACUACAUAUAAUCACAUUUAACUGACCAGAAUUACAACUCUAAAUCAUUCCAGCAUACAUCUUCCUGAGAUAGCACUUGAACUAAAGACACAAGCUUCUUUAAUUAAAAACAAAGUUUAAAACCAAAGUACAAAGUGUAUUUUGAUGACUCAAGUUUUACUGGAAGUAUUAAUAUCAUUAGCAUACCACUUCAGUUAUGUAUUAGUAAGUACUCUUGUGGAGUUUAGAAUUUAUCACUGCUUUCUCUACCCCGUGUUGUCAUAUAUGCAGUUAAGAUGUUUAUGAACAUGAGGAUUGCUGUUUUGCUGAAGGGAAAAGGUAGUAUUUCACCACUUCACAAUUUUCAAGCUCAGUAGUCUAACUAUGAAAAUGGAGAUGGGUUAGGAAUGUGUAUUACUGAUGGCAAUGUUUUCUGAUGUGUGGUGCCAAUUUUAAGGAACAAUGUCCAUGAAUAAAAAUCAAAUGGUAGCUUU